UCCAACACCUCCGAUUCGACAGUUAUCCACAAUAUAUAAAUGUCGUGGCCAGGCAUCGGCAGGCAUCAGUCAGUUUGCGAGUAUUCCUGUUUAACCAGUGGGAUUUUUCAACACACACGAGAAUGAAGUCGUUCCUGGCCGCCUGCACUUUCUUCCUCGUCGCAGCACUCGUGCGCGGUGAUGCAUCGGAGGAUAUGAAGAAAUACGUAGAAUCCACGCAGGAGAUGUUCGCAGAGUGCGCUACAGAAGCCGGACUGUCAAGCGAUAUAUCAAAUGUUAUGCCGGACGAGUUGUCGGACGAAGAAAAGAACAAAUUUGGCUGCAUGCACGCCUGCAUAAUGAAGAAGACUAACGUUUGGGACGGAAGCCAAUUUGAUAUGGACAAGAUGAAGGAACAGGUUAGCGAUAUAUACAAAGACAAGGCGGACGAUGUGAUGAAGGUUAUAGACAAGUGUGUCGCGGAAGUGAAGGAUGCCGGCGACGAGUGUACCGUAGCGUUUAUGCUAAUGGCGUGCGCAAAGAAAGAAAUGGAAUAGUACUUCCUUUGUCCCGCCGGAACGUCGAGCUUAACCGAACCAGAGGUGUAUGGGAGAAAACUUUGAACUAUUGUACAAAUUUCAGGGAAAUGAUAAGUCACAAAAAAUACUGAAAAAAAAAGAAAAAGAAACUUUCGUUAAUA